AUGCUGAACCAUCUACGAACAAUAUCAUGGGGAGGGAAACUUAAAGGGAGCAAUAAAAUAAAAGUGUUGAAGGACAACUUGAAACGUUUUACUGCUCUUUUGAGAGUAAAUGAAAAUCCUUUUAAGUAUAUUUUUUUUCCUAAGAAACCAGUUUAUGUAGGAUCGAAUAGAUUCUUCUUUAGUAAGCAAAAUGAAAAUGACAAUAAAAGUGUAGGCACCAAGAAUGCAGUUCCAUAUGAUAAUAUAAAAUGUACCUUUAUGUUUAAUAAAAGUAAAUGGUUUAAGUCUUAUGUUAAUAUUAAUUUUUUUGGGAAAAAGAAAGAAUUUGACAAAAAUAAAAAUAUGUGUUCGAAUAACACUAUAUCCGGGUUAAGUGAAAAUUUGGCGGGAGGAGAAAAAAAUAUUUUUGAAUAUGGUCAGGUCGAUGAGCAUAAAUAUUGCAGCAGGGAAAAACGAAGGUAUGGAAAGGUCAAUGGCGUCAAAAGUGAAGGGAACAUUCGGGAAAAUAGAAGAGAUAAUGACAAAUAUGAAGGAACAACCGCUGACAGUAACGAGAGCAAAAGAAAAGGAAGAAGUGAUUGCAAAAGUAAAGUAAGUAAUGAAGGGAACCAUGCCAGCAAUAACGUCCUGCACACUAGCCGAAACAUAGUGGAUGAAAGGGGAGAACGAGGGGAAAACGUUAAUGGGCAGCUUCAAAACAUAGCAGGGGAUACUAACGAUAAUGAAAAGGGGAAAAAAAAAAAAAUUAUUCUUUUUAAAGGAACGUACUUUAAAAAUGUACAUUCGUUAUUAUUGUCCAAAAAAAUUAAAGAGACGUUAACAAACUUAAAAAGUAGACAUGGAUAUAAAAUAAUUAUGAAAAGAAUAAAAAUUGAAAAAAAAAAAAUUAAUUAUAUAUUGACAAAAUAUCAUAUUAUUAGUACAGGAAAUGUUAAAUAUAAUUUGAAUGAACAUAUUUAUAGAAAAGCUGUAAUUAAUACAAAAACUAAAAUUUUUACUUUUUUAAAAAGAUACAAUAAUAAAUCCCUUAUAGAUAUAUAUUAUGAAGAAAAAACAAAAUAUAAAGUAAGAAAACAAAAAUUAUAUGAAUUACAAGAGAAAAUUAUUAAAAAUUCAAAAAUUGCACAGUCAAGUGUUAAAAAAUUUUUUAAAAAAUAUGGAUACGUAGGAUUAGGAACGUAUUUUAUUGUCUUCUUAAUGACUUUUUGUAGUUCUUAUUUUUUUGUGCAUUUUAAAUAUAUAUCUUUAUCUGAUUUAAAAUAUAUAUCAGAAAAAAUGCAUUUAAAUAAAUAUAUAGAUGAUGACUUACAUAAAAAAAUUGAUUCUGUUUGGGGUGAAAUUCUGUUUGCUUAUAUCGCUUCAAAAAUUGCAGAGCCCCUUAGAAUAGUUAUUACUAUUCUUAUAACACCAUAUAUUGCAAAAGUUAUUAAGCUAAAAAAGAGGGGUAGACUCAAGUCUCUUUAA